AUGACAUGGUCUGCAGAGAGCAGCAUUCUGGGCAAGCGGAAUAUGCAAGUCGCGUUGUUUGCCAUCGGGUUCAUCCUGCCAUUCGCAUGGAUGAUCGCUGCCUUUCUGCCGCUUCCCCCUGACCCGCAAGCCGAGAUGGCAGAGCGCGACCACCGAUCGAGCCUUCUGGGCGAAGAGCAUGAUCUUCCUCGAAGGGUCGUAGCAAUCGACGAGACGCUAUUCCAAAGCGCCCGGUGGUGGCGUGCACUUAAUCGGUACAUGUCUGUCAUUGGUCUCUUGGUCGUCGGCGCUGUCGCUGCACUCGUCGUUGUGGGCGUCAAACAGGGCUGGGGCCAAAUGUCAUAG